AAAAACUUCCGACCGGACGCUGGUGGCUCUCGGAGCUAGCUUCACUUCCGUGCAGCUCAGUCGCAGUGUGUCGCGGGACUCGAACCUUCAGCUUCUUUUCUUCCCGCGUCUUCGAACGAACUCGAGUUUCCAAAGAGCCCGAACAUGUUCUCCUACAUUAUCCGGCUGAUCCGAGGAGGCAUCGACAGCAUCGUCAGCCUCCUCUUCAGGCUCCUGUUCUCCAAGAGGAAACCCGCCAUCACCCUGGAGGACCCGAGCAUCAAGUACGCUCUGCGGCUGCUGGACAAACAGAUCAUCAGCCAUGACACCAGGAAGUUCCGCUUCGCUCUUCCAUCACCUGAGCACAUCCUCGGUCUCCCAAUCGGUCAGUUUAAACCAGGUUUUUUUUUUCGUCUGUCCUCUCAGACGGAGAAAGACAUCCUGCUGCGGCCGGAGCUGGAGGAGAUUCAGGUCAACAACCCGGAUCGAUUCAAGCUGUGGUUCACUGUGGACAAGGCCCCGGAGAACUGGGAGUACAGUCAAGGCUUCAUCAGCGAGGACAUGGUCAGAGAACACCUCCCUCCUCCCGGAGACGACGCCCUCGUUCUCAUGUGCGGACCUCCUCCCAUGAUCCAGUUCGCCUGCAACCCCAACCUGGACAAAGUCGGCCACGCCGAAGAUCGCAGGUUCACCUUCUAGACGCCGAGGUUUGGAAAUCGAUGGCACUUCGAAAUAAUUAUCUCUACUCCAAAAAGCAUUGAGCACUCGUGUAGUUGGGUAUUUGCACUAUGUAAACAAUAUUUAUGCCGUGAAAUAUAUCAUGCAACAGAAUCACAGCACGGACCAAGACCUGGGGGGGGGACGUGUACUGAGAGGGAGGAUGUAUAUGUGAGUGCAGAUUUAAGAUGUGUAUGUGGAGUCGUGCAUUUUCAGAUGGAAAACCAAAGUGAGAUAUUUUCAGCUUGUGAUGAAAUGAGGAUGUGAUUUAAAAUCUGUUGCUAACGAACCACUGUCGCGCUGCGGCCUCGGUGUCAGAGGAGGUUUUUCUGGCUUUAGUGCCUUAACUUACAAAAGCUUUUUUUAUGCACACUGAAAAUAAUCGUGCUUCAUUUCUACGGAUUCGUUCGUUCUCCCAGCGUCGCAGAGUUUCUCCUGCUGUUUACUUGUGCUGUUUAUUCGGCUCCGGCCGACUUGUUGAUGUUAGUGAUGCGACGUCUUUGCUGCUUGUGUUUGAAUAUGCAACAUAAAAUCCAGUUACUCUUGAA